CCCCAUGUGCCGGCGGCGGGUUGCGGCGUGCCGGGCGGAGGAUGCUGAGCCGCCUGCAAGAGCUGCGGAAGGAGGAGGAGACGCUGCUGCGGGUGAAGGCGGCGCUGCACGACCAGCUCACUCGCCUCAAGGUGGAAGAGCUGGCACUGCAGUCUAUGAUCAGGGCCAAAGAGGAGAACACCGCAGACUCUUCAGCAGUAGUGGCAGAGGACCCUCACCAAAUUCUUGGGCAGAUGGACAACGAGGCUGCUAUCAAUCAAACUGAACUACAACUCAGCCUUCAGCCUCAUGAAGAGGAGGAGGAAGAGGAGGAGGAAUCAGAUUCUUGAGAGAAAAAGAUCAGAGGUGGCUUUUAAUACUCAAGAAUUUCUUCAUUCAUAUAAAAUUCACUGACUGAUUUUCAUUUUCUCCUGUAUAUGAACUAUACCAUAAGCAAGGCUCUCAAGAGUCUACACUUGAGCACACAAAUGUCACAAGCUUGGCAUAUCUUGAAUUAGAUGUUCAAAGAAUGAAGAUUUGCUGCACAAACAUGUAGCAUCAUCCAUUCCACUUUUAAAACCUAAUGUAGCUUGUAUAUGGGUGGGAUAAGUCACUCAUCAUCAGCUCAAGCUAAUUUAACAUGUACAUUAAAAGCAAUAAUUCAUCUGUUCUUACUUCCUGAUGCUGAAAAAUAAAACCAGGCCAUGAAGGCUGGUUGCUGAACCAGUGGUUCUAUUACAACCUCAUUUACUUAAUCUGGCAAUUGCAAGAUCUGCAGUCAGGAAAGAUGUGUCCAGGAUUGUUUUCGGUUCUUAGUUACACAGAAAACCAGACUUGUGCUCCCUGUAAAUGUGACAGAUGUUGGUGCUUACACUGGGAGCAGCAGGUACUGCACCAUCAGUCUAAAUCUGAUAAUAAAGUGGCCUCUCUCUGUA